GAGAGACUACAAGUCCCAGGGGUUACCGCGCGACCGCCUGGAGGGCGGGGGGUACGAAAGAGGAACCCAAAGGGCGCGGGGACCCCGACUCCGGGACAUGGCGCUCCAGCGCGCCGUCCUCCUGGCCGGCCUCCUGGCGGAAGUCGCCGGCAAGUCCUCGGAGAGCGUGGGCCAGCAGCCCGAGUGUUGUGUGGACGUGGUGGACGCCAACACCACCUGCCCGGGCACGAGCCUGUGCGGCCCAGGCUGCUUCCGGCGCCGGAACGAGGACGGGAGUGCCAGCUGCGUCCGGUGCCGCGGCGGGCCCCACAACGGCUCCGAGUGCAGAAGCCCUGCUGGCCAGGGCACACAGCCCCCCGUGAACCGGAACACGGGGACGCCCGGACAGCCGAGUCUCGGGGGCCCUCAGGUGGCAGCCUCUCUCUUCCUGGGGACCUUCUUCCUCAGCUCCAGCCUCAUCCUCUCGGUGGCUGGCUUCUUCUACCUCAAGCGCGCCAGCAAACUGCCCAGGCUCUGCUACGGAAGGAACAAAGCCCCGGCCCUGCAGCCUGGCGAAACCUGCGGAAGCCACGCUACGUCAGGCGGGAGAGGCCCUCAGACAGGGGCGCGGGCCCCGCCGCCGUCUCCUUGGUGGAGGCCCGGGUCAGCAACGUCUGAGCCCGAGGCUCGCCCGCAGCUCUGCGCACCGCUGAGGAGGAGGCCCCGACCCCAGGGCCGGGCUCUGUCCGGGGAGGCUUCCGGACAGUCCUGGACGUGCCCCGGCCCAGCCCUCGUCUCCCAGCGACGGGCGCUGCCGAGCGGAACCGGGGGCUCCUGAAGAGGCUGCGCCCCCGAGCCAGGCCGCCAGGGAGGCCGCGAGGGCCGCAGCCCCGGGACGGACAGCCCAGCGGGCAGACGCCUGUCCAAGGGCAGUGAGGCAGAGGCCUUGGGGCGUCCCGGCCGGUGCCCGGACUGGGGUGGAGGACGGGCUCAGCACCAGCCUGGAGGCCGAGACCCCCGAGCCUGUGACCCCUCGUUUCCAGGAGCCGCGGGAGCGAGUCCCCGGGGUCCGGGGGCUCCUGUCUGUGAGCGGGAUGCGUCUGUGGAAGCGCCUGGGCCCCACGCACGCGGGCGUCGCCCCCCAGGACGGCACCGCCUGCAGCUGCGAGCGCCGAGGGCACGUCGGCCCGGGGCCCACGUGCCGGGGGUGCG